UUUUUACGCCCAAAAAACAGUCCCAAAGAGGUCCUCACAAACCACAAGAAAACUUAGGCAAAAACCAAGAAAACAUUCUGUCUCAUUCAACAACUCAAACAAAAAUGGCUUCCAAAUUGCUUCUGCUUUUCACUUUCUUCCUCUUCUGCCUACUUGCUCAUGCCUCUUCUGAUAUUGAAAUUGAAGAUCACCAAACUCAGGUGGUGAAAGGAGCUAACAGGAGGCUCAUGGCCUAUGUGGAUUGUGGAGGACUGUGCAAAGUGAGAUGCAGCAAGCACUCAAGGCCAAACCUAUGCAACAGAGCUUGUGGGACUUGCUGUAUGAGGUGCAAAUGUGUUCCACCAGGCACUUAUGGUAACAGACACCUUUGUGGCAAGUGCUACACAGACAUGACUACUCAUGGAAACAAGACCAAGUGCCCUUAAUUUAUUAAGGCUAUUAUAUAGUACAAACCUAGGACUUGAUAAUCAUAGUACUAUAUCCUGUCUUCAAUUUUCCUAAGUUUAGAAUAUGUGUUUUGAGAUUCUGAUGUAAAAUGUGAUGGUGGUCAUCUCAUACAGAGAUGACUUGUUUAGGUUUAAAAUUUUAAGGUUAGAUGUUUCAAUCAUCAUGACUAGUCUAUGCUUGUUGAAUUACAGCUUAUAAUUCAUAAACCAAGUUUAAAGUAAUGUUCUUAAAUUUAUACCAUCAAUUCUGGAGAAGUGAAGUUUAUA